GGGGCUACCAUACCAUACAAUUUUGACAGAUCUGUCGGUGUGAGCUUAUAAAUAAACAAUUCUCUGGUCAGAUUUCUCGUUUAUUAUGCGAUAAGCAUUACUCAAGUUUUAUUGAAUUCUGCAUCAUUGGUACAGUGAGUAACAAGAACUUACAAACGUCUCAUGCCACUGCUUUGAAUUAUCCAGAGCCUCAUUAUGACCAAUAAGACUGGUAAUGCAGGAGAGAUCGAUCCUGUGCAGGAGGAAUUAGCUGGUCGUGUCAGAGAAGUUGGGAAUUAUGCAAUCUGGAGUUUGUCCAGUUGUAAACCUGGUUUCGGUGUGGAUCAACUACGCGACGAUGUCACUGAAACUUAUUGGCAAUCCGACGGUCAACUUCCACACUUAGUGAACAUUCAGUUCAAAAGAAAGACUACAAUAAGAGAUAUAUGUAUUUAUACGGAUUAUAAACUGGACGAGAGUUACACACCUAGCAGGAUAAGUAUCAGAGCCGGCACAAACUUCAAUGAUCUCCAAGAGGUAGAAGUCAUGGACUUAAACGAACCUAGCGGCUGGGUUGUAAUUCCAAUAAAGGACAUAAAUGAAAGACCUAUCAGGACGUUUAUGAUACAAAUAGCUGUGAUAAGCAAUCAUCAAAAUGGACGGGACACGCACAUGAGACAGAUCAAGGUUCACAGUCCAACGCAGGAUGUUCUCGGACCACCAGCUCCUUACAUCCCAGGCCAGUUCCUCACUAAUGAGUUCUUGCGUUACGCAACAGUUAGAUAAGACUUAAAGCAACAAACGUUUUAUUGGUAUUAAAUAAAAAUUAUUUCUA